AUGCCAGUACAAUUUCAGAACUUACCUCCGGAGCUCCUUCCUGGUAUAAUUGAAUAUAUCUUGCGACCUGAACAUCUCCAGUCAGUGUGUCUUGUCAAUCGAAUACUCUACGUGUUCGCGCAUCCUGUCCUGUACGAAAGAGUUGUAAUUCGCCCAUGGCAAUGGAAUGCAAAGCGAAAGUUGAUACAGCUGUUCCAGACUCUUCAACAAAAUCCCCGCCUUGCCAGGCUCGUCCGACGACUAGCCUCUAAUCAAGAGAUACGUGACUUCCCCAAGGGACUUCUCAACAACGACUACGAACAACUUGUGAAGUCCCUCAUCAGCAGCAUCGAAAACGCGACAAACUUGCAUACCUGCAUAUUCACCCGUGAUGGAUGUCUAACCUCCGAAAUUCUCAAGGCCCUUCAGUCGCUUCCUCAACUUCGUGAGCUUGAGAUCAAUGGCCAACACCAAGAUAACUAUGACCCGAAUGUCUUACCUCAAUUCAAGCAUUUGAGCAAAAUAUCGUUGAUCAUGCCAAGCCACCUAGUCAUCAGCGUUCUCCCAGCUUGGAUUGGUGCUACCCGGGGCACGCUACGCAGUUUUACUUUGAUAUGCAAGCUAUCUAAUUUUGUUUCCGACGCGACACUGAAAGGACUUCACCCUCUUCCUAAAUUGGAGCACUUGCACUUAAUUGGAUGCCCUAAAGUGACUCAAGAUGGUGUCAUGACUGUCAUUAAUGCCAACAUCACUGGAAUCAUCAGCCUUGGGCUCGAAGGGUUAUCGCCACAGUUUAAUGUCUCUGCUUUCAGCGAAAGGUGCUUCGCACGCGGUGGGCUUACCCAGCUUAAAUCUUUCACGUUCGCGCUUCAUCCAGGAAAUUUGGAUCAUACGUGGGCAGAAGGUGCCCUUAACCUUCUCGCGCAAUCGCCUCUCGAAAUCUUUCAGCUAUACUCACUCGGCGGUGGGGCUGACGCACUCGAAGCCAAUCGUCUUUGUCACCAACUAGUCGAGGCCCAUGGACACCGUAUGACAUGUUUCUCAUAUAGUCGCCUACUCCUAGAAUUGUCAAGCAUCAGGAGUAUGUGUGAGGGAUGUCCCAACCUGACACAGCUCUUCGUGUUCAUCUCCUCACGGGAUCUGAAUGCUCUCGGUCCAAUUCUCGCAAGCGCGCAAAAUUUGCGGACGUUUCACGCAAACGUUGCUCAAUUCAGACUUCAUCAUCUGGAGGAAGCGAAUGCGCUUAUCCAACAAUGCAGGCCCACGAUAACUCAAUUCGGCAUUGACACCAAAGUCUACCAAGUUGAGCGGCAGCUGUUCGUCGACGAAAGAGGCACAGUCAAAACGAGGCCUGUUUUGGGGCCGAUUGAAAGCCCAGAAAUCCCAGAGCAGUUCAUGAUAGCUCGCGUAUAA